UAAUAUUGCUAAAAUAGUUCACAAAUAAAAAUGUUCAUCUGUUGUCUGAGGGACUGAACACAUCCAGCAGCCUCCGGCUCUGCGCCAACCAAAACUCGUUGUCUUGACAACCUAUAUACAGCAGCAAGCUACUGGCAGACAGCCCCUUUUUCUUUCUUUCUUUCUUUUCUUUUUCUUUUUUUAAAGCUUUUAACCAGUUUAAAUUUUUUUGUUUUUCCUUUUUUUUUCUUUCGAACUUUCUAAACUGGCUUUAAAAAUCAAAAUUGAAAAUGCCGGUGCCUAACAACAACGCAGCGUUUGCAAGGAAGGGGUCAAACGUGCAGAAGGUACCUGGAGCAAAGUCAACGAAAGCUGCCACUAAGAAAAAGGAUGAGGAAGAGGCUGUGGAGACGGGGACUGGAUGGGAGGAGUGGUCUCAGGGGAAGGCCCUUGUGAGGCCUCCAGAUCAGAUGGAGCUUACUGAGGCUGAGCUGAAGGAAGAAAACACAAGGAUUUUGACUGCAAACAACCCACACGCCCCUCAAAAUAUUGUCCGCUACAGCUUCAAGGAGCGUUCCUACAAGCCUAUCAAUAUUGUGGAUCAGAUGGCAGUUCACUUUGUUUUAGAGGGCAGCCUUGUGCAUCAAGACUCUGAAGAGGCUCGUAAACUUGGGGUCAAGGAAGGCUUAGCUCAAGAGAUUGCAACAGUCGAUGCCACAGCAGAGUCUGAAGAGGAGAAAGCAGAAACCUCGGUUAAUCCUGCAGUGGAUGGAGGGGACGUGGAGGAAGCUGGCGAUGAGGACAGACCAGACAGUGCUGCCUCCAGAAUCAACAAGAAAGAGCCAAAAGUGACUAACCAGUUUAACUUCAGUGAUAGAGCCUCUCAGACUCUCAAUAAUCCAAUGAGGGAUAGAAUCUGCCAGACUGAACCUCCUCCACGAAGCAGCUUCUCUGCCACUGCUAAUCAGUGGGAGAUCUAUGAUGCAUACGUGCAGGAGCUGCAGAAACAAGAGAAAAACAAAGAGAAGCAGAAAGGCACGCACUCACAUAAAGAUAAUGGCAAAAGCAAAAAGGUGAUGCCGAUGGAGACUCAGAGUGAAGAUGUCACCAAAUGGACCAUGGCAUCAAAGAUCCUUGAACGAACGAUCAGUCAGAAUACAUUCGAUGACAUAGCACAAGAUUUUAAAUACUUUGAGGAUGCCUCUGAUGAGUUUAGGGAGCAGGAGGGAACCCUUCUCCCCUUAUGGAAGUUUCAAUAUGACAAAGCCAAGACACUGUCUGUCACUGCCCUCUGCUGGAAUAAUAAAUAUCAGGACCUUUUUGCUGUGGGAUUGGGAUCAUACGACUUCAGUAGACAGGGAUGUGGCAUGCUUCUCUUCUACUCGCUGAAAAACCCUGCCUUCCCAGAGUACAUCUACCCCACCAGUUCUGGUGUCAUGUGCCUCGACAUUCAUGUACAGUAUUUCCACCUGGUGGCAGUGGGCUUCUACAAUGGCUGUGUGGCUGUCUACAGUUUGAAGGAGGAGGGACGGGAGCCUGUUUACAAGAGUACAGCCAAGACUGGCAAGCACACAGAUCCUGUCUGGCAGGUCCACUGGCAGAGUGAUGAUAUGGACAGCAACCACAAUUUCUAUUCUGUGUCGUCUGAUGGCCGAGUUGUGUCCUGGACACUCGUCAAGAAUGAACUGGUUUUCACAGACAUCAUCAGACUGACACUGACUGGCGCGGUUUCUGAGGGCCCAAAAGGUGCACAGGCUCCCAGCAUUGCGUCUGGUACAUCAUUCGACUUCCACAAACAGAUUGACUACAUGUUCCUAGUUGGAACAGAGGAGGGAAAAAUACACAAGUGCUCUAAAACUUACUCAAGCCAGUUUCUGGAGACCUACGAUGCCCACAGCAUGGCGGUGGAUACCGUAAAAUGGAACUACUUCCAUCCAAAGGUUUUCGUCUCUUGUAGUUCAGACUGGACUGUCAAAAUCUGGGACCAUACCAUCAACACUCCAAUGUUCGUCUUUGACCUACAAGCAGCGGUUGGGGAUGUUGCCUGGUCUCCAUACUCGUCCACUGUAUUUGCUGCUGUAACAACAGAUGGAACAGUUCAUGUUUUUGACCUGAACGUCAACAAAUAUGAGGCGAUCUGCCAGCAGCUGGUGGUGGACAAAAAGAAGACCAAGCUGACCCACGUCGAGUUUAAUCCCAUCCAUCCUGUCAUCAUAGUGGGUGAUGACCGAGGCUAUGUCACCAGCUUCAAACUCUCUCCCAACCUCCGCAAGAAGCCGAAGGCCAAGAAAGGUCAUGAGCUGCCUAAGGGACCAGAAGUGGAGGUAGCGAAGAUGGAGAAGCUCCUCAGCCUGCUAAGAGAACCAGACCAAAACUCAGGUUAAGGUGGUCACCUUGGUUUCUAAGCCAAACACAAAUACAGUGUUUUAUUGCCGUUCAUGGAAAACACUUAUUUUGUUCACACUAUUCAGUAAACAUCACAUGACAACAAACCGAUAUGUAUAUGUUUAUUAAAAUGUGUUUUUCCAGCUUAAGUUAAGAUGUCCAUCAUUUAUUCAUAAUCACAUAAUAUUUGUUGUUGAAAUUGCUGUUCUUGGUGCACAUUAACCAGGCAUUAUGACUUGUCUGACCUCCUCUGCAGGCAUGUAUAAAGCUCAUUUCAUAUGUAUGGUACAAGUUAAUUAAGCUAAAUAGCAAGGGGGAAAGUCACAGCAUUGGACAGGGAGAUAAAUUACCCUACUAGACUGGGCACUUGUGGACCACAUCCAAACAACUGGCACACAUUGUCCUGGGCACCGUUCCAGGGAUGGUAGCCUUUUAAUAUUCCAUCUACUGAAUGGUGUCUGCCUUUAUUUUUUGUUUUCAUUCCUCUCAUUCUUAAUGAUCUGCAGUAAAGUGCCGCCCAGUGCUCUAAUGCUCACCUGGAAUCACAUUUUGCUCUUUGUCUCCCAAGCUCUUUUUCUUUCUGUCUUUCUGCCACAGAGAGUUCCUUUAUCCUUUGGGUGUAGUUGUGAUCACAUCCAGCAAUUUCUCCCUUAUGUGUAAUUCAUUACAUUACAAUUUCUCCAAGUGUGGUUGGAGAAAGCUGCCUGAUCAUCUCAUGUUUGCAGAUGUGUAAUAAAUGAGAGUGCCCGUGUUGUGGUAAUGA